AUGUCCAGUCCAUCCACCGAAACCACAAUCACCAAAAAGAAAAAGAAAGCAUGUCGCCGCUGCCGCCACAGAAAACAGAAGUGCGACUUUGAGCAACCGUGCCAUAAUUGUAGAACAUCUGGAGCUCAAUGUGAAUCUGUCGUCCAGGAACGCACAGAACAGUAUCCUAUAGGAUACGUCUCUGCGUUAGAAGACCACGCCGCAUCAUUGGAAAAAGAACUAAGCCAAAAGUUCCCAAGUGCUGCUGCCGACCAUAUGGACUUCGAGGGUUCCUUAGGUGUGGUGUCGAAUAGGCCGCUGUUAUCUCCAAAUGCGAAUGCAAACUUCCAACCCCUUCCGGAAUCUGACAUGAGCUGGCAAUGGCAAAAUCCUCAAACACCUCAUGAUAUGAGGACUAACAGCAACGCUCAUAUUGCAUUUGGAGUUAAUAAUACCUCGCCUCCACAACUUUCCUCUUGGUCCCAACCGUCAAUUCUCGAGUCAGGAUUUUCACAUCCGAAAAGUCCUGUAGCAAGUCGACAGAAUGAUAUACCAGUUUGUACUGCAGCUUCUUAUUUUCGAACAUAUUUCCAGUUUGUUCAUCCUCAAUAUCCUUUUCUGGAACUCGAUAAAUGCAGUGAGUGGUAUACGAGGUGGAAGGUUGCUUCGCCCGCGGAUCCUCUGGAUGGAUGGCCAGCGUAUUGUGUUAAAAUGAUUUUUGCAAUUGGGUCGUUACUUCAGUCCAAGUCGGACGAUGUUACGAGAUUCCCACAUGAUGAGUUAAAGUCACAUGCCCAGGUCGACAAUCUUACAAUUCAGAACCAAGGCUGCAGUCCAAUAAUCCGUUUGCAAUCAAUGCUGCUAUCAGCGGUAUAUGCUCUUCAUUCUGAAUCGACAAUUUCAAUAUCACAUCUCAAGACGUUGGUGAUGAGGAUAGCCGGAUCAAAAUUCGGGUUUGGUCUUGUGCCUAUGCAGAGAGGUGCAAGUGCCACUUUGGACAUACCUGUCAGUUUAGCGGACUCAUAUAUCUCCUCUCCUUUAUUUACCGAAUUUCCAGAGGUCCUUCCAGCAAUGCCGUGGCUGCAUGACCUACCAAAUUCAACAGAACAAACCACUAUUCCGGGCCUCGGAAACUUUGCACAUACUUGCAAGAUUCGUCUCAUGUAUGCCGAGGGGUAUCAAAGUCCUCUGUGGCUCCAUCUCAUCGCACAACUGUCUCGGCUAGUUCUAUGUCGUCCCUCCAAACGAAAUAUACAUACGGAGAUUAGUGAGAUGGCAUUACGAGCAUCUUGUGAAGCAUGUACGACCUUUCGAGCGUUACAAAAGAAACGGCAAGUAGCUCAACCGUGGCUUGUGGUACUCACACAAUUCCAAGCCGGUGUUACAAUCCUUUAUAUAAUUUGGGCUCGAGGCAUCACAAUACCCACGGAAGCAGACCUCGCAAUACGAGAUUGCGCAUCUGUGCUGGCGAUUCUCGCCGAUCGAUGGCAGAACGCCGAACGAUAUCGAGAUUGUUUUGAAUUUUUAGCGAGGACGAUUCCAAGAUGUACUAUGCCUGGACAUCUUGAGAAUGAUGCACGUACUGAACUAGCGGGAUUGAUCGAGAAGGUCAAUGAAUCGGGAGUUCAUGGUCAUGUGAGGACGAUGUUGUAUGAGAUAGCUGGUACUUUUGAUGGUGCGAAUUAUAAUUUUGUAGGGUCUAGGACGUGA